ACUCAAAACAAAAAAGAAAGGUAGCGACCUCUAACUAACCGUUGACACCCGUAAAUAUUUCUCUCCCCAAAUUUCUCCCUCUCUCUUGCAGUCUUGGAUUACCAUCCCCCAUUCCAUUUCCGCCCAUGGCGGACUCUAAACCCUCGAUUCCUGUCAAAUCCUUUCACCUUCCCGUCUCCCCUCAUUCUCAAUUUGGAGGGUUUUUCUGCAUAAUCUAUUUCCUGUCUUUCAAAGUCAGACGGAGGCACGACUUGCUUAUUCCAAUGGUGAAGAAAGAGAAGGAAGAGGACAAAAUUGAGAAGAUCAUUCGUGGUCUUCUUAAGCUUCCCGAGAAUCGGAGAUGCAUCAAUUGCAACAGCUUGGGGCCACAAUAUGUAUGCACAACCUUCUUGACGUUCGUUUGCACAAAUUGCAGUGGCGUGCAUCGGGAAUUCACUCAUCGUGUCAAAUCAGUGUCCAUGGCGAAAUUUUCAUAUGAAGAAGUCAAUGCUCUUCAGACAGGGGGAAAUGAGAGGGCAAGGCAAAUUUAUUUUAAAUAUUGGGAUGAACAUCGUAACUCUUAUCCUGAUGGCAGCGACCUUCACAAACUCAGGGAUUUCAUCAAGCAUGUUUAUGUUGAAAGAAAAUAUACUGGGGAAAGAAGUAAUGAGAAGCUUAGAAGGCUGAGAGUGGGUGAUAACGAUGAGCGCUAUGACGGAAGGAAAGGUGGUGGUAUUUAUUAUGGGAGAAGUCCAAGUUACGCGAUAGCCAGAAGCUCGGGUCUUGGGAUGACCAGGAGUCCUAGUUAUGAGGUAACUAGAAGUCCUAGCUAUGAGGUGACCAGAAGCCCGAGUUUCCAAGACAAGAGAUAUGUUCGUGACAGAUAUGGUUCUAGUAGAUUGAGUGCUGACAGAAGCUUCAAAUAUUAUUACGACGAAAUGAGAAGUCCUAGCUAUAUCCCAGAAAGUUCAAAAUAUGGCAGAGACUUUAAGAAAUCCCCUGUUCGCUUUGAGGUUGUUGAUGAUAGGUUUCGAGACAAUGAAAGUAGAAGUGGCCAACCAUCAGAUGGCGGUAGGUUAUCACGCAAAGAAUCCAGAUCUGAGUGUCGAAGCAGGUCACCUGUCUCUAAGAAAACCAUUGAUGGGUCUAAAUCAGUAGUGUUACCUCCUGCUAAAAAUGUCCUAGCGGUACAAGUAGCCAAGCAGUCUGAGAUAAGUGAAGGGAAGGAAGCUGAUGAGAUUGUCACACCUUCUUCCAGCAAGGCGCCAACUGAUACUACUAUUGCAGAAGAGAAAAUUCAAAAUUUAGAAAGUCUGAUUGACUUAAAUAAUGAUUCCAAGCCCUCCCAGCCUGUGGAACAACCACCUCUGGCCACAGUACAACAUCCUUCUGGUGACAACUCAACUGAUUCCUCCACGAAGAAAGAACCUUUAGCACCAAAGCCGAACACUGUCGAAUUUUUACUCUUUGAGUUGUCUUUUCCCCCGGUUGCAUCAUCUGAUGCUAAUGUUUCUGAAGCGAGUAACACUCAUCCAUCGAUUGUAUCAGAAGUCAAUACUGCUGUGGGUGGUGCUUCUUCGGAUCGAAGUACCUCCAUAGGGGUAUCAACUACAUGUGAUCAUCCUGGAUCUUCAAUGCUGGAAUCUUCCCGGAACUUGCCUGCAGAUAAUGUUUCAGCGGCCAAGUCUUUGGAUCAAACAUUACAGGCACCUUGUGACGGAUCUGAAAGAUCUUCACCUGCAGAGCCCUACAGGCAGUCACUCUCAUUGUUUGAGGCCUUCGAUGCUUCUCCAUUUCCACCAACUGUUAAUUUGUCUGUGCAACCUUCCAAUGGAGGUGGCACAUCAGAAGCUACAUCUGACUCUUUUCACGAAUCCUCUUCUAAAACUCACAACAGUGACAAGGUUAAGCAACAAGAAAAACUACACAUGAAUCACAUGAUACCUUCUGUAGUUGUUUGCUCUAUUGGACAAGGCCAGACAACUACUGCAUCUGUUGGAGAUACAAACAACCAGGUUAGAUUAACAUUCUUUUCUUCUCUGAAAGAAGUCUAUAGUCAAGUUGAUAAAAGUUAUAGGCCAUCUACUUCCACAGAAACAUGUAAUGAGCAAGGACCUUCAGAUGCUUCAGCUUCACAACAAAUCUCCCAACUAGCUAAAGAAUCUAACUCUGGGGUUCAGAAACCAUCUACCACUGCUUUAGAAACAAAGUCUAGUGGGAGGCAGGAACUUCCUGUGGACCUGUUUGCAUCAAGCUUCAUGCCAACACCAGGACCUUCAUCAAGUUGGCAGUAUGGUAGUAGUCCAUAUGACAUGGGCUUUGGCACGCAAUAUUAUCACAAUCCAAUGCAAGUCAUGGCAUACCCCAACACCAUGAAGUCAACAAACCCGUUUGAUGACAACUCUCAGAGACAAACACACCCGUAUCCUACCAUGGGGAACUUUAGAGGUGCACCACCUUCUAAUGUGCCACAUCGUCCCAACUUGUUUCCUAGCUCCAGCAUGGGUCACAUUUCUUCAGCUAUGAUCCCAGAGGCUUCUCAAAUCCCUUCCCAAUCUUUCCCAUUUCAAUCGACGAUCUCUUCUGGCUCAUACAUGGAGCACCAACCGCAUAUGAAUGUGUCACAUUCUAGGCAGCAAGGAGGUAGCUUUGGCAGUGGUGAGGACCCUUUUGCUUCAUUAAAUAUGGUUGAGCAACAACGACCUGGUGGAGGAAACUCGUUCCAUGUCCGCCAGAACUCACUCCCGUCAAGGGGAGGAAACCCGUUUGGAUAGAACAUGACACUCUCUUAUAAGCUCGAAUUACAAAAUGGACACAGAGUACCUGACAUUGCUGAUUGACAGUAUUUCAUUACAUGGCCAAUCGAAAUUCCAGCCUAAGGUAACAUCUUAGAAUUCGAUCAUGACCACCGAGAACUAUUGGCUUCUAUUGUUCUGGGGAUUCUAUUGUAUUUCUUCAUGUCUUUUUGUCCUCACAUGAUUUGAUUGAGGAGCAACCAACCAAUGUUGCCAACAUAGCAUGACUAGCUAGGCACCUCAGAAUGCAUACUAAGCCUUUUACUAUGAUUGCGUGUGACACAAGUCAGGCAGGAGUUGAGCAAGGUUCUCUUUGUUAGCUUCAAGCUUUUGUAUAUUGUAUGUCCUAUGUGAUACUGUAUAUUCUACUCUACUAUAGUAAUUGAAAAUGAAAAAAAUUCAAAGAGUUCAAAUUAGGUAAACAUUCAUGCAAAUCAAAGUAAUUUCUCGUCAUCCAUUUCAAUUCACUACCUUAACAACAACGUCUCUUAAGACCACAAACCAACUUGAUCACCAUCAUCACCACCUUGUCAGGCUUCAGCAGCAAAUGCACCACAAUCCCACAUAGAAAACCUAGAGCCGCGCUCGAUCCCACAAGCGAGACGGCACUGCACACAAGCAUAGCAAAAGCAUCCUCCUUCGAGUUCACGUCUCUCGAAGCCAUGGCGAGCUCGAUCCCGGCAAACAACAACAAAACCCCCAAAACCCCAACUGGAAACUCCCUCAGUACUACCACAAGUGUGCUCCCCAACGCCAACCCUAAACCCAAUUUCACCACCCCCAAAAUCACAACACAAGUGCCACUUCUCCCUCCAAACUUGUACUGCCCAGCUAACCCUCCAGCUCCAUGGCAACACGGCAUUGCCCCGAACCAGCACCCCACCAAGUUCAUCGCCCCAACUGUCACCGAUACCGAAGUUGCAGACAGUCUCUUCCCCGCGGGGAAUAGAUCGUUGGACAGCUUACACACCGCGAUCACAGAGUUCAACACCGAUAACGGCAGCUGAGGGAUCGUCCCCUUCACGAACCCGGUCUUCCACGCUUGUUUCGAGAUCUUCACCACCUCCAUUCGAGAUGGCCCAAAUCGUAUCUCGUAAACCAUCUUCGGCUUCCUUAUGAAUGCAAACACCACUCCCAAACUAAACACCAGAAACGCCGAAGGCAAUGAAGCAAUCGCCUUCCUCACAGCUCUCUCCCUCUCAUCACCAUUCUCCACCUCCAUUAUAAUCACCUCCCCUGCCUCUUCCCCUGCAUCUUCCCCUGCCUCACCACAACCACUAACGAUCACAAUAAAGCAAGCACAGAAAAUGGACAGUAUCAACCCAUCAAGCCCCAACCAACCUCUCUUCUCCCCGUUUCCAUAAUUGGGCUUGGAGAAAUCCUGCUCCUUUCUGACGUACUCCACUGCAUUGAGCGCAAAGGAAAGCCCCUGAGAGAGCUGAAUCCCUCUCACCACACAACGAGGGAUGAGCUUGUAUAUCAAGUUCAUGAGCCCUGUUGCUCCGAGGAGCAACAUGGCUCCCGCGCAUCUCCGGCACCCCAAACACCUCCUCCGACGGCGUGCCGUUACUGGCUAUGGACAGGGCGGCUAUGGAUUUCAUGGGCUCUACGGGCAUCGGGACGCCGUAAAUUGCCCCCGUUACGACGUUGUAGAGGCCCGUGAAGAUCAGCGUGGUGCCGAGGUUGAGGUCGCGGGAGAGGGUUAAGGCGAGGAUGAUGGGGAUGUAUGUGCCCAAGUCUCCCAUGGCGCCAUUGAGCUCUGCCCAUAUGGAUUGAUAGGCCAAGUUUUGCCUUAGUUUGUGGAGGAUGGUGGUGGUGUUGGGUCUUUUGUUGUGUGGGAUCGUUGUUUUGGGUAGAACGGAGGUGGGUUUGUGUGGUGAU